CACCGCUCAGUUCAAAAUGGCGACUACUACAUUUGCAAACCCUACACAGCUUCUUCCACUUGAACUUGUUGACAAAUGUAUCGGAUCAAGGAUCCACAUCAUCAUGAAGAAUGACAAAGAAAUAGUUGGAAUUUUGCUGGGGUUUGAUGACUUCGUCAAUAUGGUGCUUGAAGAUGUCACAGAAUUUGAAAGUACAUCAGAAGGCAGAAGGGUUACAAAGCUGGACAAACUUUUGCUCAAUGGAAAUAAUAUCACUAUGCUUGUCCCUGGUGGUGAGGGUCCUGAGGUCAACUGACACUCAACAUUCUCCAUUUCUCAUGUGUGCAAGAUUUUGUCUGUACAGUUGAUUGUGUGUCAAAAAUCUGAGGGAGUGAAUGGAUUUGAAAGAAAGUAAAACUGGAUUUUAACCAUUUUCAUUAUGAUCAUUUUGUAUAGAAUGGCCUUUGUUUAUGUUGGUUAUUUUAAAAAUAAACU